GUCAAGUAACUUCCUUUCUUCUUUUCUCUCCUGUUGACAAAAAUGGAUUUCAAAGACCUUCUUGUCCUCUUCUUUGCUCUUAUCUUCCUCCGCUUGUGGUGGCGCUACUGGUCCAUCACCGGCGGCGGCCCCAAAAACCUUCCUCCUGGGCCACCGGGUUGGCCUAUAAUCGGAAAUCUAGGCCAAAUCAUCCUCCAACGCCGUCCAUUCAUCUUUAUAGUACGUGAUUUGCGGGCAAAAUAUGGCCCAAUCUUCACCAUGCAAAUGGGACAACGCACACUCGUGAUUGUCACCAGUUCUGAGCUCAUCCAUGAAGCCCUAGUUCAACGAGGCCCCGAGUUCGCGAGCCGCCCAGCUGACUCGCCUAUCCGGCUCAUAUUCAGUGUCGGAAAAUGUGCUAUCAACUCGGCCGUAUACGGUCCUCUGUGGCGAACACUAAGGCGUAACUUCGUGACCGAGUUGAUAAACCCUAAUAGAGUAAAACAGUGCAGUUGGAUACGUAAAUGGGCACUCGAAAACCACAUCAAAAGGCUCCAAAAAGAGGCUUUUGAAAAGGGGUUUGUCGAGGUUAUGAGUAACUGUAGGCUCACUAUUUGUAGCGUCCUGAUAUGUCUUUGCUUCGGAGCAAAAAUCUCUGAGGAUGAGAUUAAAAAGAUUGAAAGUGUGUUGAAGGACGUGAUGUUGAUGACAACUCCAAAGCUUCCAGAUUUCAUGCCAGUGCUCACUCCUUUGUUUCGUAAGCAACUCAAAGAAGCUAAAGAGUUGAGAAAGAAACAGCUGGAGUGUUUGGUUCCAUUGGUGAGAAGGAGAAAAGCUUUUGUAGAAAGCGGUGGAAAAAGUAGUGGUACCAAUGUUGAAAUGGCGAGUCCUAUUGGUGCUGCUUAUAUAGACUCUCUUUUUGGGCUUGAAGUUCCUGGUAGAGGCAAGCUAGGUGAGGAAGAGCUUGUGACAUUGUGUUCGGAAGUGAUAAAUGCUGGGACUGACACAAGUGCUACAACAGUGGAAUGGGCUUUGCUUCACUUGGUGAUGAACCAAGAGAUUCAAGAAAAAUUGUACAAGGAAAUAGUUGAACAUGUAGGGAAAGAAGGGUUGGUGACUGAGAAUGAUGUGGAGAAAAUGAGUUAUCUUGGUGCUGUGGUUAAAGAAACAUUUAGGAGGCACCCACCAAGUCAUUUUGUGCUAUCUCAUGCGGCUACAAAGGAGACUAAGCUAGGUGGGUACAAUAUACCUGAGGAUGCAAGUGUGGAGUUUUACACUGCUUGGGUUACUGAGGAUCCGGGUAUGUGGGAGGAUCCGAAUGAGUUUAAACCCGAGAGGUUUUUGGUGGGUGAUGGGGUUGAUGUGGAUGUGACUGGGAAUAGAGGGGUCAAGAUGGUGCCAUUUGGAGCUGGGAGGAGGAUUUGUCCAGCAAUGACUUUGGGUACUUUGCAUGUGAAUCUCUUGCUGGCUAGGAUGGUUCAUGCCUUCAAGUGGGUUCCGGUUCCCGGUGCUCCGCCCGACCCGACUGCGACUUUUGCUUUUACUGUUGUGAUGCAGAACCCUCUCAAAGCUGUUAUCUUGCCUAGGGUGAAAGGUUAAAUCUUUUUUUUAAUGCUUGCCAUCAUUCUUGAUAAAUUAAUUCUUGUUAAUUUGGGGAGGGUUUGGUUAAUGGUAUUAAUUAGUGCAUUAAAAUAAGCUUUGUAGAACUAUUUGCUAUACUAGUGGAGGUUGUGUUUGGGUGCUUAGUAAAGAGAGAAGAAAGUCCAUACACAAAAAAAAAAAAAA